AUGAAGCUCACAGUAAAACGACAGUCAAAAACUAACGAUGACUUCAACACUCUCAUAGAGUGUGAUGUAAUGAAUAUUAACAUUUCCUCGCUCACGAACGUUUCUGCUGCGGCAGCAGGAAAGGCGCCAUAUUAUCUCUCAGCAUUCGAAUCUGGAGGUCUAGUCACCACAACAGAGUUAUACAUGGAUUCACAAUGGCUCAGAUGGCAAGUCAAUCAUAAAGCAGGGUCCGAAUUGGUGCUCAGUAUGUUCGACGCAGAGGGUAAUUCUGGAGGAGUGCUGGACACUAUAUUCACUGUUGCCGGUAUGUCGAACAGUUCUUGUUUAGCCCCAUCGCCAGCGCCACUAUCUCCACCAACGAUUGUACCCAAUAUCACUGAUACCCUAGGCACUUGUCAAACCUGGGGUUUGUAUGUAUCUGGAGGCUCACCACCAUACACGAUCAGUAUGGUAGUCGCAGGCUCCACUGCCAUUACCAAUUAUACGGUACCGCAGGGCGUGGGCUUAUUCUCUUAUAUUAAUACUUCGCUACCGGAUAAGAGGGUACUAGGUGGGCGUCCUUUUUCUGAUUCGGCUGAUUGCGAGUCAUGUCCUAAUGUUGUCUUUCGUUCUGUUCCUCCGCGCUGA